AUGACAAGAGUAGAGAAGAAAAAGACGGAGAAGAAAAGGACGGAGAAGAAAAGGACGGAGAAGAAAAGGACGGAGAAGAAAAAAACGAAGAAGAAAAGGACAGAGAAGAAAAGGACGGAAAAGAAAAGAACGAAGAAGACAAGGACAGAGAAGAAGAGGACGGAAAAAAAUGACAGAGAAGAAAAGGACGGAGAAGAAAAGGACGGAGGAGAAAAGGGCGGAAAAGAAAAGGACAGAGAAGAAAAGGACGGAGAAGAAAAGGAUGGAGAAGAAAAGGGCGGAAAAGAAAAGGACAGAGAAGAAAAGGACGAAGAAGAAAAGGGCGGAGAAGAAAAGGGCGGAAAAGAAAAUGACAGAGAAGAAAAGGACGGAGAAGAAAAGGACGGAAAAGAAAAGGACAGAGAAGAAAAGGACGAAGAAGAAAAGGGCGGAGAAGAAAAGGGCGGAAAAGAAAAUGACAGAGAAAGGACGGAGAAGAAAAGGACGGAAAAGAAAAGGACAGAGAAGAAAAGGACGGAGAAGAAAAGGACGGAGAAGAAAAGGAUGGAGAAGAAAAGGAUGGAGAAGAAAAGGACGGAGAAGAAAAGGACGGAAAAGAAAAGGAUGGAGAAGAAAAGGACGGAAAAGAAAAGGACGGAGAAGAAAAGGACGGAGAAGAAAAGGACGGAAAAGAAAAGGACAGAGAAGAAAAGGACGGAGAAGAAAAGGACAGAGAAGAAAAGGACGGAGAAGAAAAGGACGGAGAAAAAAAGGAUGGAGAAGAAAAGGACGGAAAAGAAAAUAACGAAGAAGAAAAGGACUGAGUGA